AUCGCACACAGAGGAAAAAAAAGGAAAAUCCAGCAAGUAUAAAAGUUUGUCCUUCUGACUCAGUGGUCCUCUUGGCUUGCCCUCUGUUACACCUCCAAAUGAACAAAUCCUCUCCUCCCUCGAAACCUGCUGUUUAAAUUUUCACUUUUCCACACACACCACCUAACAUAUACACACAAAUCAUCGAUGAAGCCUGUUCUGCAGAAUUCGCUGUCUUAUUGCGUAAAGGAGCAAAAGCCAUGCAUCGGUUGGGCGGACAAGUACUUCAAAGACUGUCUUUGCAAUGUGAAGGAUGAAUUGUCUUUCGGUUUUGGGUUGGUAAGUCUUGUGUGUUGGGGAGUUGCUGAAAUCCCACAAAUCAUUACCAACUUCAGAACAAAGUCCGGCCAUGGCAUUUCCCUUUUGUUCCUUCUCACUUGGAUUGCCGGUGACAUAUUCAACUUAGUGGGCUGUCUUCUUGAACCUGCGACGUUGCCAACUCAGUUCUACACGGCAGUGCUCUACACGACCACCACAGUGGUACUAGUUCUACAGAGCAUAUACUAUGAUUACGUCCGCAAAUGGCGGAAUGGCGAGGAGAAAGAAUCAGACCAAGAGGUUGAAGAUCUGAAGAAACCUCUGAAGACACCACAACCAAUUGAUUCUGCCAUCCCCAUACCCAAUGGCACUCGAAGAGCAACAUCCAGGAGGGAAGCCUAUUAUUACACCUCAGCAAGAUCAAUGGCUGGGAGCACGACUCCCCCUAUUCAGUCUUAUCUUUGGCCCGUAAAGAGUGGUCCUUCAGCCGUUGGAAUCGACAACAACUCGUCAUCUGAUGAUGAGGACAAUCCAACUCCAUCCAGGCAAAGUGUUAGCAAACCUAAACCAAUCCCCCGAUCAGCAGGAUACGGAGCAUUUUUGGCAACAUCGAUCAACAUGCCUCGAGAAACAAAAGCUUUGAUGCAAGCAUAUGUCGGAUUGACUGGAAGGAAACUGCUGCAAGAACAUGGAUCAGAAAGUGUGUAUGGCCAGUGGUUAGGGUGGAUGAUGGCUGCUAUAUACAUGGGUGGAAGACUACCUCAGAUAUGGUUAAAUAUCAGAAGAGGAAAUGUAGAGGGAUUGAAUCCUCUCAUGUUCAUCUUUGCACUUGCUGCCAAUGCUACUUACGUCGCCAGCAUUCUUGUAAGAUCAACUGCAUGGGAUAAAAUUAAAGCCAACAUGCCAUGGCUGCUCGAUGCUAUGGGCUGUGUACUGCUGGACUUAUUCAUAAUAUUGCAGUAUGUGUAUUACAGGUACUUUCACAAGGGAAGUCGCGGCAGCAGACAAGAAUAUGAUGCGGACUACAUUAAGCAAAGAAAUGAAACUACGUAUUUGUCGUAAACAAAGAAGAAUACAGGAUUCUGUAACUCGACUAUGCAUUCCUUUUCUUUCUUAGUUCUUGUUUGUUUCAGUACGAGCUGCAAUUUUGUACAAUGUUACAAUUUGUUGGACAAGAGGGAAUUAUGAGUUUUGGCAUUGGAUAUUGCCUGGAAUGAAAUGGGCCUUAAUAUUUAGGCCGUUUCGGUGUA